UGUGGUGAAGUUAGUUAAUCUAAUUUUAUUAAUUUCUUCAGUUUCGCUAAUUUCUCAAUUAGCCACUGAAAUUACAAUUUAAUUAGGAUUGGGGCCAAUUGAGGUGAAAUGCCAAGAAGUCAGCACGUAAAAAUGGCGCGAGUAUCUUAUCGACGAUGAAAGUUUUGAAAUUAAACGGAAUGAUUAGUGCUGAUACCUUUUUAAAUAUUCUACUAGUAGUCUAAUUAUUUCUCAAAAAGUUUUUCUUUUAAAGCAAAGCUAAUGGAUAAUCGCAUUAUAAUAGUUGCUUUCUAUUUUUACUUUACUAACAACGGCGGAAACGGCGGGUAAAAAUUUAUUGACGUAUUAUUCUUGAUUGACCAACCACAAGAAGGAGUUUCACUAAUUGACCAAUCAAAAAAUAUUUCAAAGUAUUUGUAACAUUAGUAGCAACAUAAAGGAAGGAACAGAACACAGGACGAAGUGUCUGAAAGUGCACUUGCUGCUGAUGAUCAGCUGGUGCUACAAUGCUAUGUGUUGAUUGAUGAUAUUGACUUAAUCCAUCUGAUUGUCAAAAUGUACCGUCUGAAUUUGAUAUCGCAUAUGUCGAGAUGCGUCCUACCAAAUAUUAAUUUUAUUCGUUCUGAAGUGAAUACUCGACGUAAUAUACAUAUUUAUAAAAAUGUUUUUGUGAAACUCCCGCGAUUUACUCCUGCUAGGAUAGAAAGAUAUCGUUUUAACGAUAAUCACAAAUCACAGGAGAAAAAAUCCAGGAUGCUCCUUGCAGUAUCAUUGCCUACAUUAAUUUUUCAUUAUCUUCUUGGUAUCGAAGAUACCGACGAAGAAGUCCCGGAAGUUAUUAUGACGAUCAAACGAUCUGUAUUAUUGAUACAGAAGGGAGAAUAUGAUAAAGCAGAGCAAAUGCUACACUUAGCGUUACGCCAAGCACAAACCAUACAACAUUAUGAUGCUGUCACAUAUAUCUAUGAUGUAAUGGCUAAUCUUGCUUUCGACACUGAAAAAUAUCGCAAAGCAGAGCAAUUGUUCGUAUUAGUUUUGCAAAGGCUGAUGUUAAAUGGAGCUACAGAAGAUGAUAUGCGAGUUAUCCAUAUAAGUCUGAAAAUGGCCAAAGUAUUUGAACAUCUUAAAGAGCCAAAGAAAGCAGAGCAGGGUUAUAAAUUUUGUAUGGAAAAUUUGAAAUCGCACAUUGAAAAAGAUCCUGAUAAUAAAGAUGCUGUAUUGCUACAGGGUAUAGCUUUUGAUUGGUACGCACGAAUGUUACUUUCACAAUCUCGAUAUACUGAAGCUUUGAAUUAUCUUCUUCAAGCUUAUAAUAUAUGUAAAAAAAUAAAUGGUGAAAAACACGAACAAACUGUUGUUCUGCUUAAUGAUUUGGGAACAAUUUGUUCUAUACGAGAAGAAUAUGACGAAGCUAUUAAAUAUUUGUCUGCUGCAGUAAAAAUAGGAGAUAAUUUACCUGAUAUGGUUGACUUGGGUUCAAUUCACGUGAAUUUAGGAAGUGUGCUUUUAAAAAUGGGUUUAUAUGAUGAAGCUAAAAAAGCUUGUCAACGAGGAAGAAAAAUAGCUAAAAGUAAAGAAGACAAUGAUUCUUUGUUAGAAGCAGAUGAAUGUCUCAAGGAAGUAAAAAGAUUACUAUCGUUGUGA